AUGAAGGUGAAUCAAGUCGUAUGCAAAAAUUGCCACAGCACGGAUGUUGAGACGAACGAAGGACAAGGGGAGGUGAUUUGCCUGAGGUGUGGCUCCGUCCUGGAGGAGAACAAAAUCGUGGAAUCUUUGGAGUUCGUCGAGAAUAACAAUGGGGCUAUUUCGAUGGUCGGACAGUUCGUUCCCGCGAGUGGGAACAAAUCGUUCAUCCUCUCGUGGGGAGUGCGAGAGAGCAGAGAGCUAUCCUUGCAGAAGGGGUACAUUAACAUUCAGAAAAUCGCGGACCACUUGCACCUAUCGACGCAGCACGUGGAAGCUGCGCAGAGAAUCUACCUGAUGGCUCUGCAGAGGAACUUCACCAUGGGGAGAAACAACUCAUACGUAGCAGCGUCCUGUCUGUAUACCAUAUGUAGAAGGGAGAAAUCCCCCGUGAUGCUAAUCGAUUUCAGUGACAUUUUGCAGACGCCUGUGAAGCCACUAGGAAAAACAUUCCUCAAGUUGUUACGAUUGCUUCAUAUCAGUGUGCCUAAUAUAGACCCCUCCCUCUAUUUGGAGCGUUUUGCUCAUAAGCUAAAUUUAAAAAAUGCCAUUUAUAAAGUUACAUACACAGGGAUAAAGCUCAUUCAGGCCAUGACGAGGGACUGGAUAUGUACUGGCAGGAGACCCACAGGGUUAUGUGGUGCCGCCUUGUUAAUAUCUACGAGAAUGCAUGGCAUUUUUAUUCAUUCGAAUACUAUUGCGAACAUUGUGAGGAUAUCCAAUCCGACCAUCAUCAAGCGUUUGUCCGAAUUUAAGAACACGAGCACAGCUAAGAUGAAGGCCGCUGACUUUGAUAGAGUGCGCCUGAAUGAUAUGCCGUCCAAUUCGCUACCCCCUUGUGUUAUUGCUUCUAAUAAGAGGAAGCUCAGACAAGAUAUGCUGAGGAAUAACCAAGCAGCAUCCCUGUGUGAUAGCGAGGAGAUCUUCAGCUCCGCUGCAAGUGCGAAGUGUGGGAAGAAUUCAGAGCAGCUCCUAACCAAUGAUACCUACUCUCCCAACUGUAACGAAGAUUCCUUUUCCUUAAACAACACGAUGAACAGUGGCAAUUGUUACGAUGCGGAUGAUGUGUUGUCUUAUAACAAUUUGACUCUCUUGGAUAGUCGCUCCUCCUGUAAUGGUAUGGAGGACGGCACCACUGCCACCACCACAGGGUGCAGUGUAAAUGGAGGUAGCACCCGUGGAAUUGGCCACGUCAGCGAGUUGAAUAGCACCAUAGGUAGCUGCCUUCCUAGUGGAAGUACGCUUGGAGAGAGCCAAACGGGGGAUGAUGGAGAGACACUAACGAACAGCGGAAUAAACGUAGAAGAAAUUUGUAAUGAGAACCCAGAGGGUAACGAUUUAGACCAGCUAGCCAAAAAGAUUAUCAACACCAUAGAUGUAGAGAAGCAGUCCGACAUCCUAAAAAUGAAAGUCUCUUCUUUACAUAUGAAUAGUUCCCAGUGUGAUGGCAGUGACUACGGGGAGGGCAGCGAAAGGGAGAAACUUCCCCCUUCCAACAGUAACAGCCAAGUGAAGGUUAAAAAGGAAAAUGAGCUAACCAGCAAUCUUGCCAUCAAAUCGACCGUGUCCAUCGCGAGUAUAAAUCGUUUGUCCGAUUUGGACUCCUGCCUAACCCCCCCCGUGGUUAGCGGCAAAGAGUUGAUACCCUCAAAUGGUGAUUGUACAAAUGGGGGGUGCCAAGAUGUGAGCUUAUCAUCCCCGCUACGCAAUGAGAAGCAGAACUCGACGAAGCCCACCCCCGCUGAUGCUAUCAACGGUUGUCUUGCAAAAAAUGCACUGCCUAACCCCCCCCAGAUGGAUGACGGGCUGGAGAGCCUAAACAAUGAACCCGAAACGACCUACUGUAGCACACUCAAAGAAACGCUCAACUCGGAGCUGAGCCACCUGCUUAACGACGUGGACGAUUUUAACAUUCUACAGUAUGCCCAAAGUGCAAAAGAGAGUAACCGAAUUGACCAACCGAGUGGCAGCCACAACGAGGAUGUAAACCAUGUUAGUAGUAUCCUCUCAGACUUUAAUUAUUUUUUCGAAAAUAAUUCCAACACUGUGGAAAGCCAACCGCCAAACGGGGUUGACAUCCCUUCAGAUGCAUCCCUAGAGCAACUGAACGAAUCGCUCUCCGACUUUUACGAUAGCGAAAUUGAAAAUAUCAUCCUCUCCGAAAAGGAAAGAAAAAGAAAAAUGCUCAUAUGGGAUGACAUGAUGAAGAGCUAUUUUCCCCAGUACUACAAGCAGCUUAAAAAACAGAAGAAGAAAAGGUCCUCAUACCAUCCUGACCGUGUGGGUGCAGAGAAGAGUAGGAAAAAGAAGAAAAAAGAAAAUGACGACCACCCUCUGGAUGAACAAACGACAGGAGAUUCCGUCAUAAUGGCUUUAGAAAAGUCAGACAAGAGCAUGUCAACCAAGAUGAAUUAUGAUGUUCUGAAAUCCCUUUUUUCGUCAUGA